CAACGUUUAUGGAAUCAUAAAAUUUUAUUGUUGUUGUUUAUGUAUGGAUUGAGUCUCAUAGGCUGAGUAAAACGAAUGGUGUAAAAUUGUCCUGCUGUUGUGGGUGAAUAUUUAUUCGGUAUGGUGCCUGGUGAAAACAAACAGAUAGUUGCUGUUGCAGACAUGUGUGCUACUGCAACUUCUGCCGCUGAUGAGCCUCGGGCUUUGUGCAUCAUCAGGGAUAUGUCAACUGGGCAGAAUGAUCACCAAAAGGCUGUUAUAAAUUUACCAGCAUCUAUGACAGCAGCUCAGUUAUUACAAGAAGUUUCAAAAAAAUUUCAGUAUGAACCAGAUAGUUUUGAGUUAAUGUUUUCAAGGAUGUGUGACAAAUCCAUUGUUCAUGUGCACAAACAUGAUACAGAAACAUUAGAAGAACUUGGCUUCAGGUGUGGGGGAAAUCAAAGAAAUAACUUGGUAAUUGACAGAAAAAAUUCAAUGGCCCCAAAGAAGAUUAAUAUUACUGAAUAUAAUGAUACCAGUGCUUAUUCAAGUUCUGAGGAACCAACAGUUCCUGAUAUCAAAGAUAAUAGUUCAUAUGUGCCUCCCCCUGCACCACCACCAUAUACACCUGGCACAUCAGAAUAUUCUUAUAAUUAUAACUAUAGUAAUCCUUUACCACGCCAAGAAACUGGUUUUGUUGGUUUAGUCAACCAGGCAAUGACUUGUUACCUCAAUAGUCUUCUACAAACACUUUUUAUGACUCCUGAAUUUCGGAAUGCUUUAUAUAGAUGGGAAUUUGAUGGAACUGAAGAAGAAGGAACUAAAAGUAUACCAUUUCAAUUGCAAAAGCUAUUUUUGCAAUUACAGACUUCUAAGAAACCUGCUGUUGGAACAACAGAACUAACAACAAGUUUUGGUUGGGAUAGCAGUGAAGCCUGGCAGCAGCAUGAUGUUCAAGAACUUUGCCGAGUCAUGUUUGAUGCCCUAGAACAAAAAUUUAAAAAUACUGAACAGUCUGACUUGAUUAGCACAUUAUAUGAAGGAAAAUUAAAAGAUUAUGUCAAAUGUUUGGAGUGUGGUUAUGAAAGUGCUCGAGAAGACACAUUCCUUGAUGUUCCUCUUGUGGUGCGACCAUUUGGUUCUAGUCAAUCCUAUUCAAGUGUGCAAGAAGCUUUACAGGCAUUUGUUACUCCUGAGACUUUGCAAGGCUCAAAUCAGUAUUUUUGUGAACGGUGCAAUAAAAAGUGUGAUGCACAUAAAGGAUUAAAGUUCACAAAGUUUCCCUACCUCUUGACUCUGCAAUUAAAGAGAUUUGAUUUUGAUCCUGUCAUGCACAGAAUAAAGCUUAAUGAUAGAGUAACCUUCCCUGAAAUUUUAAAUCUGAAUGAUUUUAUUAAAUCAGAAAAAAUGGAUUCUUCAGGAGAUAGUGACUCUGCUGUUGUUGAUGAAGAAGGAGAUUGUUCUCCUAAAACAGCUUGUGCUGCUUCAUCUGUUAGUGAAGAUGAUUUAGCAGAUGAUGAUGAGGGCAUUGAUGUAGAUUCUCAAGGACCUUCUUCUGAGCAAUUUGAUGAGUUGUGUAUUAAUGAAAAGAAUUUGAAGAGAUCAAUGGAAAAAGGUCCAUAUGUCUAUGAACUUUUUUCUAUAAUGGUGCAUUCUGGUAGUGCGAAUGGAGGCCAUUAUUAUGCCUAUAUUAAGUCAUUCAGGGAUGGUGAAUGGUAUUGCUUUAAUGAUGCACAAGUAACAAGGAUAACAUAUGAUGACAUCCAGAAAACCUAUGGUGGAGGUCCAACAAGGGCCUAUUAUUCUAGUGCCUAUUCAAGUUCCACUAAUGCUUAUAUGCUGAUGUAUCGACAAAUUGAUAAGCAGAAGAAUGCAGAUUGCAUGACUGAAGAAGAAUUCCCUGAGCAUAUUAAGGCAAUUCUCCAAUGUAUGCAAGACCAAGAAGAACGCGACAGAAUACAAAGAGAAUUAGAUCGUUGUAUGUGCAAGAUAAAGCUGUUUUGUAUGCAUCCAACUCAAAAACGAUUGAUUGAAAUGAAACUGAAAGUUCACAAGGACUGCACUCUUGCUGAAGCCACUGCUACAGCUCAUUCUAUUAUGGGUCUUGAAGGGCUUAUUCCACUCGAUUGCUGCCGUCUUGUCAAGUACGAUGACUUUCACGACUCUCUGGAAUGUUCUUUUGAAGGUUGUGAUGAUGAACCAAUGGGAGAAUUACUUGGCGGAGUGAAAAGUAGUUAUAAAUUUGAACUUUUCCUUGAAAUAAAAAAGCCACAUGAAAAGUUUCAAGAAUAUAAACCAGGAGGAUAUACCAUCAAAGCCCAUGUUGUAGAUCUUGAAAAAGAAGAAGUUGCCAUACAUCCUUUGACAAUCAGAAGUCAUCCGUCCAAUACUGUCCAAGAAUUAGAAGCACAAAUUGCUCAGGCCUUAGGUCUUGCAGCAGGUUCUAAGAUAAGAAUAGCUUAUGAACCUUAUGGUGGCAAUCCUCCAUUUAUACUUCUCGAUGUACCACUUCACACCCUCAAUAGUUAUGGUUUCAAAAAAAGUACUAAGAUUUUCAUUGAAUAUAAAGAUGCUGCAGAUGCUGAAAGGAAAUUUGAAGAAUCUAAACUGAUUGAAGUCCUGAAGACUUAUGGCAAUACAAUUUGCAUUUAUAUAUCACUCCCAAAAAUUGACAAAGCUAAUUUAGAUCGCCUAAGAUUGUAUGAUGACGUUUCUGAUGAAGGCAGAUUUGACCUCAGCAGUGAUGAAGAUGCAGAAGGGGGAGGAGAUACUGCUGAAGCAGAUGCAACUCCCGAGAAAGCCAGCUGUGAUAAAUAUUCUUCCAAAGCCAAUUCUACUUCAAACAGUUGUUGGUUUGAUCGGCUGAUGACCAGUGAAAAUGCACAAGAUAGUGGUGAAGGUCCAAGCAACAGUGAAAGCAUUUCUCAAGCAGUUAGUCAGGCUAUUCAUAGUGAUCAAUCAGAAGAUAGUAGUCUCACUGAUAGCGAGCGGACACUUGUUGGAGAUGAGCUGUCUCCUCGUAACAAUUCUCCUGACAUUAUGGGGACUGAAAUGGAGCAAGAUGGCGAACCGUCUAUUUCAGAUGUUACAAAACCCGAGUGUGACAGUCUAUUAAUGAACUCCAAUAAUGGAUGUGGACUUCUGUGUCAAAACAAAUGUCGAAAUUUAUCUUCACCUGAAGAGAAUACCGAAGACUUCCCCUACUGCAAUCAAACUGAUCACAGCAAAAAUUUAAGUGCAAAUCAGACUUUAAAAGUGAAAAAUUAUUUUAGAGCAUGGCCUUAUACUGAUUAUGAGACUGGAGAAAAGAUGCUCAGAGUUUAUGUGGAUAAGCGGAUUACUUUAGGAGCAUUUAAAAAAGAAUUGGAACCCCAUAUAGGUGUAAAAUCGGAUCUUUUUAAGGUUUAUAGAGUUUAUUCAAAUAACCAAGAAUUUGAAUGUACUAGGAUACAUGAUUCCCUUAGCAACUUCAGUGAUGACACUAGAAUAACUAUCAGAUUAGGAAGGCAACUACGUAAAGGUGAAUACAAAGUGAGGAUUUAUCAGUUGUGUUUAAAUGAUCCGGAAGCGAUUGAGCCUUUCAAAUUUCUUAUUGAAUGGGUAGUAGUAAAAGGUAUGACAGUCCUCAAAUUAAAGAAAGAAAUUCUUCCACAAAUUAAGGAGACCUGUGAUCUUGAUAUUCCUCUAAACAGAUGCCGUCUAAGAAAAAAGAGUUGGAAAAAUCCUGGAAAUGUCUACUUUGAUCAUCAGCGUUUUGAAAAGGACAUUCCUGUAAAUUCUAACUGGGAUAUAUACUUAGAAGUGCUUCCAGAUGCUGAACCUGUGACCUCAGAAAAACAGCUGACUGUAUUCACUCGCUUAUGGCAUCCAGCUGCUUAUAAAUUAGACCCCCUCAAAGAGAUUGUUUUAGAUGAUACAAAUUUUGAAACUUUACUGCAUGAGCUGGAGAAAAUCAGUGGUAUUCCUGCAGAAUUCAUUGAAAUUGCCAAGGGUCAGGGUACCUUUCCCUGUGAAAUCUCUCUCUUAUCAGUACAUACUGAGUUAGAAUGGUUAUCUGAACAACCAUCAGUAAGUUCCUGGCCUCUAUGCAUUAGUGAUGAUGGGCAUGUUAUAUUUUACAGAGAUAAAAGGGAAGAGUUGAAAAAAUUAACAGAAGAAGAAAAGCGUGAAAUAUCAAACAAAGAAAAUGCUAAGACAAACAAAAAUAAUCCUAAAACCACUUACUCUCCACGAAAAGAGAAAGCUUUGAAAAUCUACACUCUUGAUAGUCCUAGUAGCACGACGCAAACAAGUCAAAAUUCUCACUAUCGCAACUCUUCAACUCAAAGUGCUCAACCUAUUGUACCUGAUUUGGAUUGAAAUUUCUCCAUCAUCCACCAAGUAUCACUUGAAUUUUAUUGCCAGAUCACAAGUCCUGUAUAGAAGAUAUUAAGUCCACAAAAGGGACUGUGUCUUGUCUUUUGCAAUAUAUUUAUUUUAUAUGUGUAUUUGUUCUGCAAAACAUUGUAUGAAUUUGGAGUUUUAUCUUUUACUAAAGUUAAACCAGUUCGACAAAGAAAAAAAAAAUUAAUUUAUUGGUCAUUGUGUAUUUCCACCGGCACAUUUUUUUUUCAUUAACACUUUCUUUUUAUUUAAUAUCUUAUUUACUAUCUUUUUGUGUAUGUAAAAACAAUAUAUGACUUUAUUUAUUGUUUCAACUAAUUGAAUACAACAUUGUCUCUUUUUAAUGCAUCUUUCUUGCAUACUUUCUAUAUGAUUAUAAACUUAAAAUUAUUUAAUUAUAUAAAAAAAAAAAUUUGUAAUUUCUCCAUUUUACAUAAGAAGGAACGAAUUUUUGAAAUAUUAAUUCCGACUUGCAUAAAAGUAAACUGUGUAGAAAAUAAAAUUAUGUAAGGUGGAGGAAGGUACUCAUUUUUCUGUUAUUAGAAAUGUGUUUUUGUACACUUUUAAAAACAAUUGAUAGUUUUUAAAAAUUCUUUUUGUGUAAUAAUAAAACAUAUGAAAUGAAAAAGCAAGAUUUUUUUUGUAUUUAAUUCGGAUGUUAUAGAUAUUUCAUUAUACAUAAAAGGCUCAGAACUGAUUAUCAGGUAUUCUAAAUACUUUAUAUUUUUCAUAUACUUAUAAAUUUUUCAUUAAUAAAGUGAGAUUGAUAAAAAAAAAAUGUAAUUUGAGUUGAAACUUUGAUAAAAUAUAUUUUUAAAUGUGCAUAUACAUUCUAUAAAUUCAUUUUUAAUUGAAACAAGCAUAUUAAAAUAAACACAUGGCAGAAUCUGAUUAAGACUCUCAUGAAUGGCUCUCUAUAAAUGGCUUUUGAAACUUAUAAAUAAUCUAUAAGGUAUGUGAAAAGAAAAUUUCGGCUUUCAAAAUUUUAUACUUACAAAAUUGCUGAAUAUUACCUUAGAAUGUUCAACUUAGUGCUUUCACUUUACAUUGUGUUGAAGGUUAAAUUUAAAUUGCAUUAUUAUCUGAUGCUUUAUGCUUGUGAUUCCAAAAUUUGCGAAUAUUUGCAUUAUCUUUAAUACAUAUUCAUGCUUUUUUUUUAAAAAUAUCUAUAUGCUUUUGACAUAGUUUGCUCACAUUUAAAAGCUUAGUUCUAUAUUAUUUGUAGUUUAGUAACAAUUCAUAAUCUAUUACGGAAAAUAAUAAAAUAUUAGAAACAAGAAGGAAAACCAAAUAUUUUAUAUUGUAUUAUAAUUUUUAAAAUCUUAAUUGAACUUUAAGAAAAGGAUAAGUGUGCAAGAAAUCUGAAUUCUGUAAAGUCAUCAUUAAAUUUAUAAUGUAAUUAAAUGUUUUAAAUAUUUUUCUGUACUUUCAAACACAUGAUAAAUUGUUUAUCUUUGAAAAUGCAAUGAAAUAAUUUUUGCUUAAUAAACAGCCAUUGUUUUGAAAUUUGAAUUUUUAUAUUAUCUUGACUAUAUAUUAUGUAGUGUGUGUAUGGGGAAAGGCAAUUAUAAAUUGUGACUGUUGAAUAAGAAUAUAGUGUUAUAUCUGAUGCAUGGAUGUAAUUUCGAUUUUGAAAUACGUAUGAUAAACAUUUUAUUUGGUUCUCUUUAUCAAAUAAUUUAUUGAUUUACUCUUGAUUUUUUUAGAACUUUGUUUAAGUAACAAAAUUUUAUAUUGGUUCAAAAGAUUAUAUUUCUGUAGACAUAGAUGAUUAUCUUUUAAACAGUUUUAACAAAAGUUUUUUUUUUUUUUUUUUUUUAUAAAUUAUAUUCUUUUUUUAUUAUUAUUUGCCUAGUAGUUUUGUUCCUAAGUAUUUUUGUCUAAAGCUAAAAAGCUUUCAUGUUUGAUACUUUUUUAUUGCUUUUUUUUUAAAUAUGACCUGUGACUGAAUCGAAAGUUUUCGGAAAGUAGGUUACCUAACUAAAAAUUCUUUUUAAUAAAUUAAAAUUUUUAUAUAUAUAUGCAGGAAAUAUUUGCAUUUUUAUAUUUAAAAUUUUUAUUUGUAAUAAAAAAAAUGUAUUGUUUCCUUAUCCUUUGAUUUCUUUUUCUCAUAGUAAAUAUUUUUUUUUAUUAAAAUGUUCUAAAAAGCCAACUAUUUUUUAAUGUGUUGCUACGUUUGAAGUAGAAAUUUAUUUUUUACUAUUGGCACCUAGUACUUUUCUUUAGUUUUAAAAUGAUUUUAGUAUUUUUUAAAAAUUUCUUAAUCCUAUUUUCAUAUAUGGGUAAAUAUGUAAUUUCUUUUUUGUUUUACUUAAGCAAAAUUUUCCAAAAUUAUCUAUUUCUUAAUUUUUUUUAAAAAAAUUUUAUUUGGAAACUGCACAUUAAUGGACAAGAAAUCAAUAUAUGAAUAUGUUCAGCCAUUGAUUAUUUUUUUUUGGUUAAUUUAUAUGAGUAUACAAUCAAAAAGUUGAAGCAAGUAGAAGCUGUAUUUUUCUCUAUGGAAAAUGCAUAGAAAAUAUAAGUAAAAAACUUAAAAUAAUUGUUUUUAAAUUUUGGCAGCAAAAAGAAAAAUUAAAUAUCAAAGAUAAACAAUUUUGAUUUAAUCAUUCUGACUAUACUUAAAAAUGUAUGAAUAGUAAACUUUCUUAUCACUUUUAGAUUUCAGACUGUCUUUAAUAUCUGCUACAUCUUUUUGAUUCUAACAAAUAAAAUUAAAGGUAAAAAUCUUGUUUUCUUUGUCAGACAUUUUGCACAUUGAACUAUACAGCUUUAUUGUAGAAUUUUUUGUGUGUACAUAUGGUCUUAAAAAUAUUUUCCUGUCAAUAAUGAAAAUUGUGUAGUUGCUAUAAUUUUACAAAGUUACUUUUUUGAUUAGAUUUGAAUGAAGUAUGUUUUCUGAUACCAAUGCCUGUUAUUGUUUUCUUGCAAUGUUCUUCAAAUGCAUUAUUAAAAAGGACAUUUUGCCCUUAUGUCUUUUCUUAAAACAUGGAACUCAGUAUGAAUGUAUGUAAGAAAUCAUAAAAAAAUAAAAUAAAUUUUUAAA